CAGGGAUAUCGACAACGAUGGCCAUGAGGAUGGUGACGGUGGUGGUGAGUUACGAUGAUGGUGACGCUGAUCACGUGGUUCGAGCGAGUCAGCAUGUUCGUCAUCCUCUUGAACUGUGUGACGCUGGGCAUGUACCAGCCCUGUGUCGACGAGGUCUGCUCCACCAACCGUUGCAAGAUACUCCAGAUGUUCGACGACGCAAUCUUUGCCUUCUUCGCCGUGGAGAUGGUGAUCAAGAUGGUGGCGAUGGGGUGGUCUGGGAAAGGGGCUUACAUGGCUGACUCCUGGAACAGACUGGAUCUUUUCAUCGUGGUGGCCGGGGGUCUGGAGUACUUCCUGGCCAUGGAGAACAUGAACUUGUCUGCCAUCCGCACCAUCAGAGUCCUGCGGCCGCUGCGAGCCAUCAACAGGAUCCCCAGUAUGAGGAUCCUGGUGAUGCUCCUGCUCGACACGCUACCCAUGCUGGGCAACGUCCUCCUCCUCUGCUUCUUCGUCUUCUUCAUCUUCGGCAUCGUGGGCGUGCAGCUGUGGGCGGGGAUGCUGCGUCAGCGAUGCUUCAUAGAGCUGCCCAAGAAUGUCACAGCCAUCUCCGAGCCCAUCACCUCCUACUUCAGAGAAACAGACCAAGAGAAGGACUACAUCUGCUCCCUUCCCAAAGAUAAUGGUAUGCAUGAGUGUCGAAAUCUUCCACAUACAAAAUAUCAAGGAAUGCUAUGUAAUGACUCUGCACUUCUGCAUGUAUCAAAUGAGCCGACCAACAUGUCCUGUGUCAACUGGAACCAAUACUACACAGACUGUCGUCCAGGAGACAAGAAUCCAUUUCAAGGGGCAAUUUCCUUCGACAACAUUGGUCUAGCAUGGGUGGCUAUCUUUCUGGUGAUCAGCUUGGAGGGUUGGACGGACAUUAUGUACUAUGUACAGGAUGCUCACUCCUUUUGGGACUGGAUAUAUUUUGUGCUACUAAUUGUGAUUGGGUCAUUCUUCAUGAUCAACUUGUGCCUGGUUGUUAUUGCUACUCAGUUUUCAGAGACUAAGAAGCGAGAAAUGGAGCGAAUGAAAAUGGAGCGUGCCAGGUUUCAGUCAACUAGUACACUUGCAUCUGGUUCCACUUCGGAACCAAAUUCAUGCUAUGCAGAAAUUAUAAAAUAUAUUGCUCACUUAUGGAGACGAGGAAAGAGAAAAUUUUACAUUCGGUACAAACAGUUUCGCCGGAGAAACAAGUCUGAUCAUCCUCAUCAGCUGAGUCUCAAGAAGCAGCGUCGUCGUCGACAAUAUGAGGCAGCACAGAGUGCCAUUAUCAGUCGGGAAGGUGGAGUAUCUGGAGUGCCAAGCACUGUAGUAGCCAUGGCUCCUACUGUUGGUGGCAUUGGACCUGGUGGAGCCUUAACUGUGAUGAAUAACAUAAGCUCAACAUCUCCACAGCUUUUGUCACCUCCAGAAGUACACGAAGUUCCAGACGACUCGAGAAACAAUAAUGCUCCCCGCAUUAGCCCAGAAUUUUCUGACAUAGAUCCUCAAGCCUCCACACAUCGUCCUGUUCUCCUCAAAAUCUCAAGUGGUACAAGUGGGGAUGGCAGCAAUGAGCUCUUGCCACCAUCACCAGGUGGUCAGGGCACCUGUACCCCACGACAGCGUCGACGCAGCUCUGUCAUGUUCAGUGAUGUAGUGCUUCUUCAUGGUCAUGCUGGGGAGACAGCAACAAAAAAUGUCUGUCACAGUGAGAAGACUACGCAAACUGACGAUGAACCUCUAGAUCCAUCAUAUUUCCGUGAGCCCUUACCCCCAUCACCUCACACACCAGGACCACCUUCUCUUAUGCCCCCUGCUCUACUACCCCCAGCCCUCCUACCCCUUAACAAGAAUAAAUCUUCCUUGCGUUCUGUCUCGCGAACACCCUCAAAUAAUGGUUCAGGGGGAAAGGGUUCUCUCACUUGUGGAGAACUACUGGCACUUAGUGGUGCUCUCUCUGCUGCUUUGCCCACACACUUGGGCAUUGACUCCCGUUCCGUCCACACACUUUAUUCCUCAUUGGCCAAAGGAGUCAAACACUUUUCAGCACCAACUUUAUUCUUUUCUGCUGAUCAAGCCCCUGCAGGUUUCACAAAUUACUAUUCAGAGUCUGAUUCCUGUGACUCAGAGUCUGACUGGAGUGAUGAAGAUUGGAAGGAUGAGGGGACAAAACAGCCUUCUUUAGCCCACAGAUUUUGUUCACAAAUUCGUGUGUAUAUCAAGAAGCUGGUGGAUCACAGAUACUUUCAACGGGGCAUUCUUAUUGCUAUCCUCAUCAACACCCUCAGCAUGGGCAUCGAGUACCAUAACCAGCCGAUGAUGUUGACAAUUAUUGUGGAACUGAGCAACUUCGUCUUCUCAGCUGUGUUUGCCGUCGAAAUGUUGCUAAAGGUUAUUGCCGAGGGACCCUUUGGUUACAUAAGCAAUGGUUUCAAUGUUUUUGAUGGCAUCAUUGUCAUCCUCAGUAUUGUGGAGAUGUACGAGAGCUAUUCGUCAUCAUCAACAGUGACAGACCAACAAGCAGGGCAGGGUUCAGGGCUGUCUGUACUCCGGACCUUUCGCCUCCUUCGCAUUCUCAAGUUGGUGCGGUUCAUGCCCCAACUUCGACGGCAGCUUUUUGUCAUGCUCCGCACCAUGGAUAACGUCGCUAUCUUCUUCUCUCUUCUUAUACUAUUCAUAUUUAUAUUUAGUAUACUGGGCAUGAAUCUUUUCGGUUGCAAAUUCUGCAAAAUGAACCCGGACAAUUCAACUUCUUGUGACCGCAAGAACUUUGACAGUCUCUUAUGGGCCAGCAUAACCGUGUUCCAGAUUCUAACUCAAGAAGACUGGAAUGUGGUGCUUUUCAAUGGGAUGGAAAAGACAAGCCAUUGGGCAUCACUCUACUUCGUGGCUCUCAUGACCUUUGGCAAUUAUGUGCUCUUCAACUUGCUGGUUGCCAUCCUUGUUGAGGGCUUUUCUGCCGAGGAUGAGAAGAAACGAUCAGCGUCCACCUUGGAGGGUGCCGAUGAUGAACGCCGUCUCGCAAAAGGAAAUGAAGAUAGAGUCAAAGAAAAUCAGCUGCGGCAGAAGUUACUUGAUGAUGAUCCAAAAUGCAAUAUUGAGAAAGAGAGCAAGUUACUGCACAUGCCACAGUCAACGAGUCGCGAGAUCCCACCCACGCCUGCAGGAUUCACACCUAUUAUGUCUACACCCACUGCCCACUUAGGAUACCCACCAAUCAUCACACACACUGCUGCUACUCCUCAAGGAUCACCCCAUGCCACUCUGGAGCCAAGUGGGCGUGGGGAACUCAACAACAGGCUCAGCCCUGCCAUGGCUCUUUAUUGCUCAAACCAAGAUCAGCAUGACCGUCCACAGGGUGUCUUAAGGUCAGCCUCCAUCAAGAGCAACAAUACAUCAUUAUCAUCCAGAUCAUCACGUUCAUCAAGUCGCUUAGGACCUCGAGGAGUUCUCCGUCGAGAGUCACUUUCUCCUAAUGAUCUUCCAGGUCGUCGUGAGUCUAUCAGCCCAUCUCCAGGUAGUCGACAACGUCGUAAUAGUGGUUGUGGUUCGCCAUUAUCUUGGCGACGUAAUGGAUCCCAGCGUCGACGACGUGGGUGCAGCAGCACUGGGUCAUCAUUUCGCAGGUCUCAGGUAGACAGAGAGAACCUUGUAAGACACGACUCAGGAUCUGAUGCUGAUGGUGAGGAGGAAACAGCACUCAACAACAAUAUUACAUUUACAAAUAACAACCUGAAUAAUCAUCAUUCUAUGUUUUUAGGGACUGACCACAGCCACUGCAACGGGUCCACCAGCAGCCAUGUGCAGCUGGCCCCGCGCAGAUCUAUCCUCACCCAGCAGAACUCGAUAGGGUCGCCGCGAGCGCUUAGUCCACAGAAUUCCAUCCGUUCCCGUGGGUCCUCAUCGAGGUCACGCCAACCCUCCAUCCAGGGCCAGACAUCCGUAUUUGGGUCAAUCAGGGAGCUGGAGUACAAACAAAAUAAUCUAAGUCGUGCUAAGGAAGCAGCAGCUGUUGCAGAACAGGAAGAGGCACAAGAACAUUCUGAAACAGAGACAGAGGGUCUUAAGAAAAUAUGUUUUGUUUUUGAACCUAAAGGCUGUUUCAAGGAAAGACAAGACUAUUCCCUUUAUGUCUUCUCGCCAGAAAAUCCGAUACGCCGCAUCAGUUUGUUUCUGGUGUCCAGACGAUGGUUUGACUCCUCUGUGCUCUUCUUUAUUGGCCUUAACUGCAUCACUCUGGCAAUGGAGCGCCCCAACAUUCCUCCAGACUCUGUUGAGCGGCAGGUCCUCAUGAUUUUCAACUAUAUCUUUACAGUAGUGUUCGGCUGGGAAAUGAUUGUCAAGGUUAUCGCACAGGGUCUGCUGUAUGGGAGGGGUGCUUACUUCAACUCUGGCUGGAAUAUCAUGGAUGGUUCACUAGUCAUCAUCUCUUUCAUAGACGUUCUCAUGUCUGUUCUGGCAACCACUUCACCACGCAUCUUUGGCAUCCUCAGAGUCUUCCGUCUCCUGCGUGCUCUUAGACCUCUCAGAGUGAUCAACAGGGCCCCGGGUCUCAAGUUAGUGGUGCAAACAUUAUUAUCAUCACUUCAACCCAUUGGCAACAUAGUCCUCAUUUGUUGUACAUUUUUUAUUAUUUUUGGCAUCCUAGGUGUUCAGCUGUUCAAGGGUUCCUUCUAUUACUGUGAUGGGCCUAAUCUCAAGAAUAUCAUCACUAAGACAGAUUGUCUUGCAAUUAAAGGGAAUCUCUGGCUCAACCGAAAGUACAAUUUUGAUGACCUUGGCCAGGCACUUAUGUCUUUGUUUGUGCUCUCAUCCAAGGACGGAUGGGUCAAUAUCAUGUAUACUGGCUUGGAUGCUGUAGGGGUUGAUAUGCAGCCAAUAGAAAACUACUCUCAGUGGCGGCUUUUGUACUUCAUCUCGUUUUUGCUACUUGUGGGAUUCUUUGUAUUAAACAUGUUCGUGGGUGUUGUGGUGGAGAACUUCCAUCGGUGUCGAGAGGAACAGGAGAAGGAGGAAAAGGCACGAAGGGCUGCCAAAAGGGCUAAAAAACUUGAAAAGAAAAGAAGAAGUAAGUCAAUUAUACCUCUAAUUCUGGGGGAAACCCCUUGUGGCUCUCUGAAGCUACUAUCACUAAUUGUGUACAUUUAUUAGGUCGCAUUGCUGCAGAGUUCUAUAGGCUUACCA